ACGUCCCGACGCUCAUUCGACCCUCGACAUCGGACGGUGAAGGUUACCUGCUUCAACAGUGCUUGAACGGCAACCUUUUAACUGUCUUGAAACAUCCUUCGACGAAUCUCUUACCUUUUUAUUUUUCUAACUUGGUUAAAAACAUCUACAAGCUAAGUAAUCUUAAACCACAACGCCUAGCUCCAAAGCUAUCCGUUUGUUUUGCUAACGACACAACCUCAGCAACCUCCUCCCGAGACGACCUCCGCUCAGAAUCAUGAGUUCCCAGGUGAGACAGAACUUCCACCAGGACUGCGAGGCUGCCAUCAACAGGCAGAUCAACCUGGAGCUGUAUGCCUCUUAUGUCUACAUGUCCAUGGGGUAUUACUUUGACCGCGAUGACCAGGCAUUGAACAACUUUGCCAAGUUCUUCCGUGGGCAGUCAACUGAGGAACGUGAACAUGCUGAAAAGCUAAUGAAACUCCAGAACCAGAGAGGGGGGAGGAUUUUCUUGCAAGAUGUCAAGAAACCAGACCGGGAUGAGUGGGGCAGUGGUGUUGAGGCUCUUGAGUGUGCCCUGCAGCUUGAGAAGAGUGUGAACCAGUCACUUCUGGACUUGCACAAGCUCUGCUCUGAUCACAAUGAUCCACAUCUUUGUGACUUCAUUGAGACCCACUACCUUGAUGAGCAGGUGAAGUCCAUCAAAGAGCUUGGAGACUGGGUGACCAAUCUGCGCCGCAUGGGAGCUCCCCAGAACGGCAUGGCUGAAUACCUGUUCGACAAACACACUCUGGGCAAAGAAAGCAGUUAAAUCCGUCCAGAUCAUAGCCAAAAGCUUCUGUAUUUGUACGUUGCAGCCAUGUGUUUUUUUUUUUUUGUUAAGUAAAGAGUCUUUUGCAUGGUGUACUGGCUGAAACUUUAGAUUUGACACAAGCUUUCUCCAUCUUCCAGUUCUGUCAGCUUUGCUCAUGCUAUCACUACAUAUUUGCUGAAGUUGCUUAUCAAACAAUAAAUGGAACCCUCUGGAUUCUGA